CCCCUUGGAACGUGCCGGAAGUACGUGUGACAGAGGCCCACCCGUUUCCCGGCGGCGCUGCCAGUCAAGCAGACUUAGUCUUGUAGGGAUGACUUGUUUCCAGUGGCUCAGUCCCGUACUUAGUCAAUGCUAGAAGCCGGAAAAGAUGUUUGAGAAUUUCAAAGAGCGGCUGCUGAGUGCGCAGCAGGAUUUCAGCAGCGGUUUAAAGACGCUGGGUGACAAAUCUAAAGAAGUAAAAAUUAAGAAGCCAAGCAGCACAGAUGGUUUGCCCAAGUUUGCUGCAGGAGCUGAGCUACUUAGCAAAUAUGAGAAUACAUGGGCAGCUCUGCAUAAACGAACUGAGGAGUGUGCUAAAGUUGGAGAGGUUGUAGAUGGCAAAAUCGUGGUCCUGUCAGCAUACUGGGAGAAAAGACGGAACCAGUUAUCUGAGCUACAGGAACAGCUCGAACAAAUUCCAGCGCUACUAGUGGGCUUGGAUGCCCUGACAUCCAAGCUUGGCAAGACAUGGACUGCAUGUUUCACCAAGAGAGCGGAGACUAAAACAAUUUGCAUAUAUGGUGCUUUUACUGCAUUAAAGGCAAUAAAAGGUACUCCUCAAAGGAGAAAUCAAGCAAAAUUCAACAAAGUUAUAGGAGAUAUUAACGGUACAAAAACUUAA